AUGAUAGAUGCUAUAUAUCUUUGUCCUGACUGUCCAUUCAUCAUUCACAAGAAAUGCCUUAAUGAAUUACCCACUGAAAUUGAUCACCUUACACAUCGCUUACACCGUCUUAUUCUUAACCGUAGUGAUAGUGAUUACUUGUGCAACCUAUGCCAAAAGCAACAUUCUGGACCUUUUUAUGGUUGUUCUCUUUGCCAUUUCAACAUCAAUGUCGAAUGUGCUUGGCCGAGGUCUACUGUUGAAGAUAAAACUCAUCAUCAGCAUCCAUUCACCAUACUUAGGAGACAAGAUUCAUUCAUUUGUGAUGCAUGUGGCACUGAAGGAAAUUAUAUUUCAUAUAUAUGUUCAACAUGUAGCCUCAUGGUCCAUAAGGAUUGCACUUCACUCCCACUCAUCAUCAAAUUUUCUCGACAUGAUCACUGCAUUUUUCACAAAUAUUUUCUUAAAGGUCUUACAAGGCAAGAUUGCAAGAUUUGUUUCAAAGAAGUGAGACUAGAUUGUGGGAGUUACUCUUGUGGGAAGCUAGGUUGCAAUUACGUUGUCCAUGUGAAUUGUGUUUUAGAGGAGGAAUGGUUGUACGAGGUAAUGGAGGAAGAAAAGCAAUGUGAGGAGCUUGAAAAAAAAUCUAUGCAGUCUUCAAUCAUUCGUGUUAUUGAGGUGAAUGAAGCUGGGGAAGCUAUAAAGAUUCAACAUUUGAGUCAUCAACAUUGCUUGGUGUUAGCAAACAAGAUAGAGGAGGACAUUGAUAGAAAAUGUGAUGGGUGUAUGCUACCUAUCUCAAAUAUUUUCUAUUAUUGUUUAGAAUGUCCCUUUUUUCUUCAUAAAACCUGUGCUGAAUUGCCAAGAAUCAAGCAACAUUGGUUUCAUCAAAGCAAUUCCACCCUCUAUUUCGACUGCUUCAAGAAAUGUGACUUUUGCAAUCAACGUUGUAGUGGUUUCUUUUACAAAAUUGGAGAAGGUUGGGACAUGUGCUUAAGGUGUGCCAAAGUUUCUGAUAUCAUUGAAUGUAAAGGACACCAACACUUUCUCUUUUUUGAUUUCAAAUACAAGGAGAAAUGUAAUGGUUGUGGCGAGACGAAUCGGUAUGGUGCAUUCAGAUGUGGAAAGUGCAGAUUUGCUUUGGAUUUUGGAUGCUUAACAUUACCACAUUCAGCUCUUCACAAAAUUGAUGAACACAAGCUAAAGCUUACUUAUCAUGAUGAUAAGGAGCAAAGUUAUUGUGAUAUUUGUGAGAAAUAUAGAGAUCCAAGCCUUUGGCAUUAUUCUUGUUCAAUCUGUGAUACUUCUGCUCAUAUCAAAUGUGUUCUUGGACACUUUCCAUUUCUCAAAGAUGGGGUCACAUUUAUUUAUUAUCACAAGCAUCAUCAUGAUCUUAAAUUUUUUAGGAAGGUCAAGGGCUACCCUGAAUGCUCUUAUUGUGGUAAGCUUUGCCAAGAAGAAAUUCUUAAGUGUGAAAAGUCUACAUGCAACUAUAUUAUCCACAACAAAUACAAAUGUCGUUGGCGUUACUAAGCGUAAAGCUUUGUGGUAAGUACUCUAAAUGAUUAAAAAAUUAUUUUUCAAUCACCAAUGUUGUUGAUUGCUAUUAUUUCAUGAUUUUGUUUUCAUUAUCAACAUCAGUUCUAAUUGUGUUUAUGGUUGUAGAUGUGAUUUAUUCAAAUGAAAAGCACCAAAGGAUUUAUUUGAUCAAAGGAGUUCACAAAGAAUUUGGCAUUUCAUUCUUCUUUGAUGAAAGGAUGCUCGAAUUCUAAGUGUGAUUUGGUUUCAUUGUUACUUUGUUGAAGAUCGAUUUGGGUUUGUAUGAUUUGAUUUCAAUAUUACUUUGAGAUUCAUCUAUGAU